UCGGAAUUCCAAAAGGCAUCCUGUGCCUCUCCACUUACUCGAAUUCGUUUCGUCUCUCUCCGAACCUUCUCACAAGAAGACAUAACAAAGACGAACCCCCCACCGUCAGAUACGACCUCCCCUGAACUUUUCAACGCCUCCGAUCUCAUCUGUGACCAAACCCUAUAUAUACCCACCAGUCUCCAUCGAUCAUUUGCGAUCGAAUUCGAAAUCCAUUUUCUCAAAGUUUACCCUUCACUUGGCCAUGGAAGGGUCUUCUUCAAGAGGGAAUCAGAACAACGAGAACAGCGAAGAGACCGGGAGCAAGAGGGGAUUGCGGUCACGAUGCGAUCCACCCCGGUACCGAGGGAUCCGGCGGCGGCCCUGGGGCAAGUUUGCGGCUGAGAUCCGGGACCCCUCGAGGAAUGGCGCGCGCCUCUGGCUCGGGACCUUUGAGACGGCGGAGGAGGCCGCUCGCGCCUACGACCGGGCCGCCUUCGCCUUCCGGGGCCAUUUGGCCAUCCUCAACUUCCCCAACGAGCAACAGUACUACGCUCCGAAUGACCACUACGUCUCCGGCCACCGCGGUUCUUUCUCUGCAUCCCUGUCGCUGCCGCCGCCGCCGCCGCCGUUCUCUUCGCCAAGUUCAUCGUCGUCUGCUGUGUCAGCUCCCGCCGAGCCAUCCAGAGAUGUGAUCGAGUUCGAGUAUCUGGACGAUAAGUUGUUGGAGGAACUACUGAACUCGCACUGCGACAUGUAGGGUUAAUGCGGGUAGGUGAAUGCAUGUUUAAGCGGUAGUAUCCACACAGACACAGAUUUCUGGGAUGCUAAAGUUAUCUCGUUUCAAUAAACUGUUGCAAUAUAUCUCACGUUUCUAAUGUUAAAUACCACGGUACAGUUUCCGAAAUGGGUUCGUAGUAAACCAUUUUGGAAGGGCUUCUCUGUAUUUGAGGACAGGUUGAGGUAA